AUGGACAAGAUUAAAUCCUUGGAUCAAGCAUGGGAUGUAAUCAAGACGUUGCAGCAGCAGCUUGCGGACUUAGACACCACAGGCAAGGAAUACGAAUUCCAGUUAGAGCAGACAAUAGAGGUUCUAAGACGAGAACUAGAAGAAGUACAACAUCAUGCUACCGAAACUAUUACCAAGCUAGAGAUCCAAAUUGAUGAGCUACAAGAACAGAAUCGCCAAUGGGAAUCUAAAUAUAUUAGUGAACGAGAACAAAAUGGACAUCUAAUACAGGAUAAACUCAUCCUUCAAUGUGAAUUAGAGCAAAUGAAAGAAGAGGUAGCAAGGAUACGGAUAGAUGAACAAUAUGAUGUUGAUUCCAAUAGUGAUUCAGACAAGAGUUCAUCUCCAACCACUCCAGAUUCAAUGAGCCCGAGUGGUCUUGGACCUCCAUUAGCGUCCCCUAUAGCAUUUGAUCGCCCGAUGGCCUCGUCAAAUGUCGGCUCAUCUAUAUCUGUGAAAAACCGUCUGCCUAUAGAAAAUAUUAUUGGGCUACCAAGCCAACACCACUCAUCUUGUUCACCGCAAAUCAGAGUCAUGUUCAAGGGGGCCUCUUUGAUGCUACAAUCUAUGAUCGGCGAUGAUUCCAAAAUGAUUGUGCCGAGUUUGAGCCAGGCCACUGUGAUGGCCACGACGUCGUCUCAAACUCCAAAACGAUAA